AUGAAUCUUGUGUUGCUUCUAUAUUUGGCCAUUUUUGCCAUUGGGAUAGACGCCACUGUGCCAUCGUCAGCCAACAACCCGGAAAAAGCGACGAGCACCAAUGACGUGCCGCAACAGAUGGAAAGUGGGAAUCAGGAGGAGUCGAAUUCGCAGGAUCAGGCACAGGACGACAAGAAAGUAACGAAGAGAAGUCACGGUUGGAAUCCGUGGAGUUACGGAGGAUACGGCUACGGAGGUUACGGUUGGCCUUGGUAUGGUAUUGGUUAUGGAUGGUACCCAGGAUGGUCGUAUUACGGCCAUGGAUAUGAUGGGUAUGGUGGAUAUUCUGGAUAUCGUGGCUAUGGUCACGGUGGCUGGUACAAGGGAUGGUAA